CGGCCCGUCGUGCCGCUCGGGGGGCCGGGCCGCUGCCGUGGGUGCCGCCAUGUACCGCCUGUGCCGCCUGUCCUCCCCGCUGUCCUCCCCGCUGUCCUCCGCGCUGUCCCCUCUGCUGUCCCCUCCGCUGUCCCCUCCGCUGUCCCCACCGCGCUGCCCCGCCCGGGCCGCGCUCCCGCCGGGGCCGGGCCCGCUCCGCGCCAGCACCAAGGAUGCAGCUGAACCCCUCAAAAAUACAGCAACUGAUCCCAGUGCUGAAAACAAGAAACUCAACAAAUCCCAGCAGCUGAAACAAAUUUUUAAAGAAUAUGGUGCUGUAGGGGUUUCCUUCCAUGUUGGAAUUUCCUUAGUAUCUCUGGGAAUCUUCUACCUGGCUGUGUCAAGCGGUGUGGACAUGAGCGCCGUUCUGUUCAAGCUGGGUUUCAGCGAGGCCUCUCUGCAGUCCAGGAUGGCAGCUGGCACCAGCACCUUCGUGCUGGCCUAUGCUGUGCACAAGCUCUUCGCCCCCGUGCGCAUCAGCAUCACCGUGGUGGCCGUGCCCUUCCUGGUCCGCUACUGCCGCAAGGUCGGCUUCUUCAAACCCCCCGCCUCCAGCCCCUGAGCCCUUCCUGCCUCGGGCUUCUCCAGUGCUCCACGACUGCCUCCUCUUCAGGUGCAAAGUUUCUUUCAAAGACUUCUUUGGGUUCAGGUUGAUCUCGUCUUGCUUGUUCUGUCAGGUAAAUGGCACUGUGAAAAGUGCUGUACUUGUCGCCUUUCCCUUUUGCCACUUAGGAAAAAACUGUUUAAAUGGGAUCUGGUUUGCACUUCAAGUGGGAAUAUUAGUCCUUGACCAUGAGCAGAGUUUUGUCUCAUUAUAAUUCAGCUUUUUGAGCCUUUUUUCUUUUUUUUUUUAACAAAACCAUAGCAUUCAUUUAUUACUGUGUAGCUGAGAAACUGUGAGAAUCUCUUCCCAGCAGAAUAAACAGUAUCUCACUAUACAUAGGUAGUUUCCUUGGUAAGGGUAGGUAUGGAGUAUAAGGUGGCAGGCAGGUGGGCGUUUCUUUGCUAGAAGAGGCUUUUAUUGUAGCCCUUCUUGCAGUACAAAACAGGCACUGAACCCACUCAGUGGGACUACCACCCCUGUGAUUAAUUAUUUUAAUUAUAAUUAUCAUAAUUGGUUUAGUCACAAUAGGUGAAGCACUGUUCUGAAAGUAUGUGUAGUGCUUCCAUAGCCCAAGAUUUUAUUGUUUGAAAACGUGCUGGCUCGGAGCCAGUCUUGGUGAAGUCCUCUUGUUUUUUAAAUGGCUUUAGACUCAGAAGAUAUCCUGAGUCUACUGCAAUCAGUGCAGCCAGAAUUACCUAUGUGAACAUCCUCCAAACAGCAUCAAGGCAGAGGGAAGCUGGGGGGGGGUUUAGUAUUUUGAGGGCUGGCUUUCUACUGGAAACUUUUUUUAAUCUUAAAACUAGCCCCAGCAGCUUUCUGCUCCCAAGGGUGAAACUCAAAUCUGUACCUGAAGUCCAAACAUUCCAAUUUCCAGCUUCCCAGAAUUCCUGUGCUUUGGGCUGAGGCUGGUGAAUGUAGCAGUCAGGGAGUUUUGCCUUUCCUUAGGGGGACUCCGUGGUGUUAAACUAUGUUUACAGAUGUGGACAUCCACAUUCCAUCUUCCAGUUAACCUGAACACUGAUCCCAAAACAGAUAAAUUAGUGUCACACUGGGGUAAGCCUGGGUUUGGGGCUCACGACUUUGCUGCUGAGUUUGAGCUGGGGCUGUUUUUGGGACCUGCUGGCUGCUCUUUUCUAAAUUCUUUGUGCAUGCACUUACCCCAAGGUGGCUCUGACAGAUCUGUUCAUACAGAACUCUCAUUUAAGUGAAACAGCAGGAAAAUACAUUGAGGCUUUUGCUUUUUGCUAAAAUUUAGUGACUAGAGAAGAAGGAAGCAUGGAGAUUUGAUGAGAAGUGGCUGAGAGAGGAAAGGAGGAGCAAAGUUCUGGUCGUGAGCAGCCUCUUGCCUCCCCUCAGCCAGAACACUGAAUUGCACCUUAAGUCCUUCCCCCCACAGAAAGCCACAGGUUUCACCUGCACCAAGGGUAAAAAUUCUAAAUUAUCCCUUGUUUACUUCAGUUGGAAUAACUUCUGAGCAGAAUAUUUUGUCUUGUGAUAAAGAAGGAAUAUUUCAAGUUCCUUUUUCAAAACCAUAGAUAAAGGUGAAAUCAUUUUAAAUAAAUGUACCUGAAAGUCAGUAGAAGGCACCAGCACUAAACUAGAGAGUUUUUUUGCUGUAAAGAAACAGCUUCAUACAAGUUAUGGCCAGAAUUCUAAUUACUUACAUGGUUGUAUAAACUACUGGCAAUUUAUUUAGAUGAAAAUUUUUUGGCAAAGUAUAUUUUAAAUUAAUUUGAGAAUAUAUUUUGAAUUCUGGAAUCCUUGCUUGUAGAAGGAUCAUUUUUAAAAAUUGUUUGUAAAAGAGCAAAAGGUCAUAUACUGCAAAGACAAUAAAUGGCUUUCUCUUA